CCUCUCCGCGCCGUCCCCGCUGCGCGGUUCGGCCUUCGGUUGCGUUCGGCUCCCGCAGGCUCUCGGCCCGGCGUCCCUCGGCCCCCGCCUCCCCGGCCGUCCAGGAGGAGCCCAUGGCUGGGCCCACCACCCACGUGGCCCCCAUGCUGUUCCUUGCCCUCCUGGCGUUUCUGGAGCUGAGCCUGGCCGGCUCCCUGGGCCCUGGAACCCCUGCUCGAAACCUCCCUGAGAAUCACAUCAGCUUCCCAGGCCCAGCACUGUGGACGCCUCCGGCCAGCCACCACCAUCGGCGGGGCCUGGGCAAGAAGGAGCGGGGGCCAGGCAUGCCUGGCCGGGCCCAGGAUGGAGCUGUGGGCACCUCCACCAGGCAGGCCUCCAGGCUGCCAGGGGCAGGGGGGCUGCUGCCUGGGCAAAGUCCUGCAGGCCUGCUGCAGGACAAGAGUCUGCUCCUGGGGCUGGCCCUGCCCUACCCUGAGAAGGAGAACCGGUCUCCAGGGAAGAGACGCGGCAGGGAGCACAAGAGACGCAGGGAGAGGUUGAGACUGCACAGAGGCCGAGCCUGGGUCCGAGGCCCCAGCUCCCUCAUGAAGAAGGUGGAGCUCUCCGAAGGCCAGGCGCUGGACGCUGCCAUGGAGGAGUCGUCCACCAGCCUGGCCCCGACCAUCCUCUACCUCACCACUUUGGAGGCAGCACCUGCCACGGAAGAGUCCCUGAUCCUGCCUGUCACAUCCCUGUGGCCCCAGGCUCAGCCCAGGCCUGACGGGGAGGUGAUGCCCACGCUGGACAUGGCCUUGUUCGACUGGACCGAUUAUGAAGACUUAAAACCUGAGGCCUGGCCCUCUGCCAAAAAGAAAGAGAAGACCCGGGGUAAACUCUCCAGUGAUGGCAACGAGACAUCCCCAGCCGAAGGGGAGCCGUGCGACCAUCACCACGACUGCCUGCCAGGGACCUGCUGUGACCUGCGGGGGCACAUCUGCAUGCCCCACAACCGGGGCCUCAACAACAAAUGCUUCGACGACUGCAUGUGUGCGGAAGGGCUGCGCUGCUAUGCCAAGUUCCACCGGAACCGCAGGGUCACGCGGAGGAAGGGGCGCUGUGUGGAGCCCGAGACGGCCAACGGCGACCAGGGAUCCUUCAUCAACGUCUAGUGGCCCAGCUUGAGGCGCCUCCCCGCAGGCCUGGGGACUGAGCGCUGGAGGUUUGGAGAAGCGACAGUUUGUUUAUAACUAGCGGUGGGAGAGCAAAUGGGGGACCAGAUGUCUGAGGCUGCAGGCUCCUACCCAGGACCCGAUCCAGGACCCGCAGCCCUGGGAGGGGAGCGCUGGGGAACUGCCUCUGCCCUGGAGCCGAUUAGCAGCUCGUCUGCAACCCACACCCCUGGAGGACCCGCAGGGCCUGAGCCACCGGUGCCCUGUCCUCCGCGAUGGCGAUGUCGAUAGUGCCCUCUACUGUCCGACCGCAGCACUGCAACAGCUCCAAGUUUUAAAAGUGAAGAAGUUUUUGAACGGAAAAGAAAUGGGAACUUGGGUGGGAGAUGAACACGAAACACCUCUUUUGUGCCAGGCACUGUGCUAAAUGCGUGACAUACGUUAUCCCGCGACCUCUUCGCCAUCUUCCCGGUGAGGAAACAGCGCCACCGUUGAGUCAUCUGACCUGCCCGAGGUCCCAGCGCAGUGCUCCUCAAACCUUAACCUGUGUCCCAGCCCUCUGGGGUCGGGUGCAAAUUCAGAUUCCUAUCCAGCCGAUUCUGCCUUCCCCACACCGCUGGUCCCCGGCCCCACCGAGAGCUCCCACCGUGUCUUGGGGAGCAGACGUGGAGUUGUGAUCGGAACCUGGCCCAACGUUUCGGGCUCCACACAGCGUUCUUGCUCCUUCACAACUAAGGACUAUUGCCGGCUCUCCAGGGCUUUCAGGGAGAGAGGCGUGUUCCCUGCUAGUCCUUUCUCUGGGUGAAGCUGCAAUGACUGACCGCUCUCCUCCUUCCCUGGACAGCUGGGCAUCAUCUUUCAAACAGAACCAAAUCUGCGCUAAGCACCUGCUUGUCUGUCAGUACGGCGUGGUCUGGGCAGAUGGGCCCCUGCCCCCCAGGAGCUGGCAUGCUGAGCCGGGACGGGUUCCUCGCAUUCCUCCAGCCCUGCUCACCCUGUCCUGGCACAUGUGCCUCAGAGUUGCCCCAGCACCGUCCACCCCCGGGGUUACUGAUUCCAGAGGGGAAAGGGAGAGAGAGAUAGAAACAUCAGUGAUGAGAGAGAUUCAUGGAUUGGCUGCCUCCUGUACACCCCCCAUUGGGGAUGAGCCCACAAGCCGGGUAUGUGCCCGACCAGGAAUCCAACCGUGACUCCUGGUUCGUAGGCUGACACUCAACCACUGAGCCACACCAGCCGGGCAGUUCUUUAGCUUUUGUAGUUCAUGCCCUUGGAGAAUGUAAUGCAAGCAGGGAUUCAAAGCACACACACAUCGCCAUAGGCACCCUACACCUUAGUGGCUCCCAGGCCUUCCGGAGACCCUGCCAGGACCCCCACCCCACACUUCUGCCACAAAGCCCACUGAGGAGUUGGGGCCUCUCUGAGGUUGUGCUUGAGGAUAACUGCCCCCCACAGGCCAGACCCAGGAUGCCCACCCAGGACGUCUCUCCACGCAGAGCUGGCUCUAGGGACCGCCUGACGCCCCCCGCCUGGCAUCUCAUUCCUGGCCAACUCUCUGGUCCAGGGCAAACCAGGUCACAACUGACAAAAUCCCUGUCCAGCUGGAUUCCUUGCACCUGCUGGGGGGGGGGGGGGGCGGGGAGCCCACAGGAUGCCAGGGCUGUUUACUCCCCUGGGAAAAUCAGUUGGGGUCAGGGGUCUGGCACCAAGGAACACAGACUCAUCUAGCAGAAACCAAAUAGGCUUGCUCUUUUCUCCUAUUCCGGUUCGAUGGGCAUGGGCCUCUUGCCGGUGAGGCGGUGCAACUGAAAGAGAUCAAAGCCGGCUCUUUGGAAAUGGAACCCUGAGUCCGCCAGCAGAUUGUCUGUUAGGGAGCAGACAACGCCUCUGCUGUGUGUGCCUCGCAUGGGGGGCUGGUUGGAGACUGUGAUGGAGCCGUAAGGGUGUGGCUGCAGGCAGGCAGGCCAUGCAGCGUGAAGUCUGGGGGAGCGGGGGUGCUGUCAGGUGGCCCUGGACAUCGGCAGUGGGAAACAGAAGGUCAGGACAAAGCUGAAGGCCCCACGGAACUGUCACUGCCCUCGGGGGAGUUCCAUGGCUAAGAAGUGGGGCCUGGUAUCCAUUUGACCUGGCUGUCUGCAUUUGGCAUUUGCAAAGUGGGGUGGGGGCGGGGGUGGAAUCCUUUUAUCUCCAGGGGGGCCCCAAAGCCCCCUCAGUGUUUAACGAACUUCUCUGAUAAGAAGUUCUUUUUCACCCUGACCGGUUUGGCUCAGUGGAUAGGGCAUCGGCCCGCAGACUGAAAGGUCCCAGGUUCGAUUCCGGUCAAGGGCAUGUACCUUGGUUGCAGGCACAUCCCCAGUAGGAAGUGUGCAGGAGACAGCUGAUUGAUGUGUCUCUCUCAUCGAUGUUUCUAGCUCUCUAUCUCUCUCCCUUCCUCUCUGUAAAAAAUCAAUAAAAUGUAUAUUUUUUAAAAGUUUUUUCUUUUUAUAAAUAUGUUUUUAUUGAUGUUACAGAAAGGAAGGGAGAGGGAGAGAGAGAUAGAAACAUCGAUGAGAGAGAAACAUUGAUUGACUGCCUCCUGCACGCCCCCAACCAGGGAUCAAGCCUGAAACCUGGCCAUGUGCCUUGAUCAGGAAUCAAACCGGUGACCUCUCGGUUCAUAGGUCAACACUCAACCACUGAGCCACCCUGGCCAGGCAGCCAGGAAGGUCUUCCUUGUUUUCUGGGGGGGGGAGCGGGGGGAGUUCUUCCUUAGGCCUAUCUUAACUUUCUUCUGCUGGUACAGAAGCCAGUUUUCUCUGAUCCAGGGGGUCAGCAAACUUUAUCAGAAAGGGCCAGAGUGUUCCCAUAAAACUAUUUAUGGACACUGAGAUGUGAAUUUCAUAUAAUUUUCACAGGUCACAAACUGCUGUUCUUCUGUUGAUUUUCUAAAGCACAUUUAAAAAGGUAGAAACCUCGCUGAACUUGUGGGCCACACAGAAAUCGGCAGUGGGUUGGAUGUGGCCCACAGGCCACGGUUUGCAGAUCCUGCUCUAGUCCGCUCGCCUCAGUCCACGCAGGACGUUAGAAUAACCUGGGCAGCCUUCAAAGGCACCGGUGUCCAGGGGCCACCUGCAGAGAGCCCGCUGUCGUUGGUCAGGGUUGUGUCUGGGUUCCCUGUGUUUUCAAGGCUCUGCAGGUGACUAGCAGGUGGAGCCGGCCCGAGAGCUGCUCUAGGCCUGCUCCGCCUCUCACCACCUUCCUGACCUUAAGGAAGUUCCUUAAGGUCUCUGUGCCUUGAUUUCUUCAUCUGUAUAAUGGGGACAAUGACUCUUCCUUCGUAGGGGUAUUGUGGGAAGUAAUUGCAAAUCCUUAUAACGUGCUUCUAACAGUGCUGGGCACAUAAUGAGCCCCCAGUGUUACUUGAUGUAUUUUCCAGGAUAAUGUUAGGAGGUGUUUCAUUCUUUGCUAAUGAUCCAUCGCAUCGUCCAAGAUCAUUUCUAAGUCACCACUCAGGCUCCUUCCCCGAAGCAUGUCCCCUGGACCACUGGGGCCAUCAGAUGCUCCGUCAGAAAGAGGACGCGGCUUCUGGGUCCGAGGUUUGGAGAUCUGCGUGCACAGACUCCGGGCCGAGCUGGAGGUGUGCGCGGCUUGAGAUAACAGGUUCAUGAGUUUUUAAAAAUGCACCCACCCCCCGGGGGGCGGGGGGAGCUGAGCAGCGGGCCAAGUGGAAACCAGUAGCUGCUGGGACAGUCACCCGGGCCCUCCCGCAUUCCUCCUGUGGCGUCGUACCGCCGUUCCCCAGAGAUAGUCACCGUUCCCACGGGGCUGCCUUUCCAGGAUUUGUCUGGUGGCUCCCCAGGCUGCUGGGAAUGGCCUGAGGUCAGAGGCCACGAGGGCCCCUGGGAAAGUGGCCGCUUCGCUUUGGGGUGUAACUGAGACACAAGUUGGAUCGCAAAGCCACAACCCCCUCCACCUCGGAGAUGCUUCGGUGGAUCUCCCUCCCAGCAGGUGCAACACCCCCAAUGCAUCGAUGCUGCCUGGUGGGCACACAGCCCCCGGAAUGGGGUUCCCUGUGCAGCUGGAGAGGGGCGGAGAUCCACGUGCCCUGCAAGGAACACGUUGAUUCACAGAACAGCGAGGAAAGAUGGGUGCUGGGAGAGGUGGUGAGAGAGGCCAAAGAGCAAAGCAUUUCACAGGCUGGAGGGGCGCGUCCCUCUGUGGUGACCCUCACUCUCGGGGGAGAUGGCGAGGAGGGCGUCUGAGCGUGUGUGUGUGCUGCGGAGGGAGCGGCAGGAACUAGCGGUUUGCAGAACCGGGCGCUUCCAUAGUGUGUUUUCUGCAUUCUGUCAGGAUGGCUGCUGGGGUUUAGGAACCGUGGCCUCUCUGGGAGGCUUCCUGGUCCCUCCUUAUUCCCGGUGCUCAGGACCCAGCCGCGUGGCAUGGCCUGGAGCCGCGGGGAAAGGCAGGCCCCGGGGCCCACCUGCUGAAUCCGAAUCCCGGGGGAGUUUGGACAAUUUCUCCGGGGCCGUUCCCACGCGCUGUACCUGAGAGACAGGUCUGGGUCGGGAACCGUUGGGCCAGGGACAUGGGGAUGAUUCAGGGACAUUCACAGUCAGGGGGAGUUGUCAGUCCAGCUGGCCCAGCUAACUGGCCGUGACGAACUGGGAGGCCCUGCCUCGGGGCUGGAGCUGGUCUUUAUUUUUAGAGAAAAUCAAGUGGGGCGCCUGGGCCGCGGGCCCGCAGCUGGGUGUUCUGAGUCUUAGGACCUUCCUGGGGGGGUCUGCGGUCCCUCUUUAGAGUGGGAGGGGGUGCUACGCCCUCGUAGGCCUGUGUUGCAUGUGGUCUCUUGCCCUGUAAAUAAAGAGAUGAUGGUUAAUACGCCGCCUUGCUGUCUCUCUCUGCCCCUCCAGGAGGCGGGCUGUCUGUGCAGGCAGUGAGCACGGUCGGGACUCCACCUGCCACGUCUCUUGCAUUUUCUCACCCUCACCUUUUACUGAGCGUUUGCUCUGAGCUAAGCAGUAAACCAGGAAGAUGGGGCCUCUGCCCUCACCUGGGCCUUGCUGUGGUCCUUCGACCAGACCUUGUGGGUGGGAGUGUCUCACCUUCAUCUCCUUCCCCAUCUUAGGGUUGGGGCAGCUAAGGUCCCACAGAGAUGACGGCGCUGGUCACAGCAGGCCGGCCUCUGGCAACCUCAUUCCAGGCCUGGGUGGCCGAGUGCCGAGAAAUACUGAUGGCAACUCUGGCAAGAAGGGGAAGAACUCAGGAACGCCAUCGAGGCUGGGCCGGGCAGGCCCCGAUGCAUCUUGGGAAAGCGUGCACUGGCAAGGGGGUGGCCUGGCUUUGCACCAGGAAGGGCGUCUCUUGUCUCAGUGGCAGCUGCAGCCAGCUCUGCUCAGCUCCACGCCCUCGGUGACCCUUACCUAUGCUUUCGCUUCCCGUGGUUUCCGUUACCCGAGAUCGACCUCGGUCUGAAAUUAUUAAACAGAAAAUUGCAGAAAUAACUCCUACAUUUGAAAUCGGUGACAUUUUGAGUCGCAGGAUGAACUCACGCCAUCCCGCUCUGUCCGCCCCGGACAUAAACCAUCCUUUGUCCAGUGUGUCCACACUGUUCACUAAACUCCCCGUUAGCUGUCCACGUUAUCAGAUCACCUGCGGCCAGGCCUGUGUUUGUCACCCUUAUUUUACUUAAUAGUGACUCACUCCCCUCACGUGGUCUCGUCACACAGGCCUCGUGUCAUCUCACAUCAUCACAAGAAGGGUGAGUCCAGUACAAGGUAUUCUGAGAGAGAGAACACGUUCCUAUAACUUU